AUGAUCUACGACCAGUGUCCCCGCGACCUUGACAUCGUGAUCGUCGGCGGGCCGUCCAAGAACCAUCGCCCUCCUGCUGCCGAUAGGUUCAUGAAGGACGCCUGGAAACAGACCCCCAUUUGGUUGACGGUAUCUACUGGAAGCAUGUGGUUGGCCAGCUCGGGUGUGCUCGAUGGCAUCGAGGCGACCAUCAACAAGCCCUUUCAUACAAACGCAACUGUCUUAGCUCUCGAUCUUCACACCAAUACCAAUACCACCCCAAAUAAACCUAUUCCACCCUCCACCAUCUCCUUUAAACUCACCAUGGCAUCGGCAGCCCCCCAAUCGACUACCCAACUGUCAUCUCUAAGCUCGGGCCUCGUCUACACCCUCGCAGCAAGCCGCUUUGCCGCCGGCGCAGCCUGCGUGUUUGCACCCUCUACCAUGUCCGGCGUUAUGCAAAUGGAAUCUUUGCCUGGUGUCACCCUUCUGACCCGUACCUUUGGUGUUCGUGAGGCUGCGGUCGGCGGUCUGACAGUACUUACACUCAAUAAACCUGAGUCUACCAAGGACCUGCGCCGUAUCAUUUGGACAGGCAUUGCCGUCGACACCUUUGAUGUCAUCAGCUGUCUGAUGGUUUUAGCCUCGUCUGACGGCACAGCCAUGGAUUUAGCGGCUGCGAAAUCGACGGGUGGAAUGGGAUUCUGCUGCAUACUUGUGGGCUUGUACGCCAUCAGGUCAUUGGGAUCACUGUAG